GAGUUGUUGGCGAAGCUUUCUUUGCGCCUGAGGAAGGUGGAAGGCGAAUCCGCCCAGAUGCCGCAACCCAUGUCUUCAACGUCAUCUGCGGCUGAUAUUCACAAGACGCCGGGCAAGUUGAACGCGUCACGCUUCUCCCGGCAAUCCUCCGAGGAAACUCUGGAGAGCACAGCCAACAGUCCACGUUUCAGUACCCGUCGAAAUCGCGUGCGUGUUCCGGACUGGGUCGUCGAGGGCAAUGGAAGCAGUACACCGAAUGUCAUGACGCCACGCUUCAGGUCAACGGCUUCAUGGCCAGGUGCUGCAUCUUCAUCUUCAGGGCCCAAGAAUGGCACCCAGCCAUCGACGCAAGUCACCCCUGAGGCAGAGGAAGAAGCCGAAACGGUCUUGGAGCAUCAGCUUUGGCAGAUGCAAAAGGAAAGGGAUUCGGCCAUGGCGCAGGUCCUCAAAGCCCAGGCUUCUGCUGACCACUGGAGGGAACACCUCACCACAGAGGCGGCGAACCUGAAAGACACCUGGGAGGACUUGCGACAGAAGCAGGAAGCCUCGGAACGACAGGCCAAUCGCCUCCGUUGUGCAGGAGGCGCCACGGAGGAUGCUGAUGACAACUCCAGCCAGUUGGAGCAGCUUCAUCACCACAUUCGACAACUUGGUAUGCAGCUUUUCGACCUGGGUCAGGAGAAGUCAGCCUUGUCGGUCCAAUCAAUGGCACUGGCAGCUGAGUUGGAAAGACAGGAGGAGGAGUGUCGCCAGUUGGUGGUUGACUGUGAGGGGAGCCAAACGGCGCAAGAACGGCUCCAAAGUGAGUUGGAAGAAGUGGAGGUGGGUGGCCUUUCGGUCGUUCACGCCAUGACAAGUCCUGCAGGCGGAGCGAGCUCGUCCAGGCCGAGUACUGGAUCCAUGCAGGACGUGGAUCUGGAGUUUUCCCAUGAUUUUGCCCUGGACCUCUCUGGGCGCAUGUCCAUCCAACGUGCCUUGCGCUUGGCACAGCACGCAGGAAGGCGGCGUCCCAAGGUAACCCGGUCUUCCAGCCGACCGCUGGAUGAAGAUCCCUUCGACAUCUCUAUGGCCGAGCUGAUGGAUGCGCUCCAAGUCUUGCAGAUGGCCACUGCAGAGGCAAAGCCUCGUGAAAAGGCUGACUCGAUAGAUUUUUCUGAGUCCAUCGCGCAACUUCAAGAGGUGGUGGAAAUGCUGAGCGGUGGUGGCGAGAAGAAGCCCACUACCAAGGAAGCAUUGCCCGGAGUGGACUUUGACCAGUCAAUGGCAGAUCUGCAUGAGGUGGUGGAAAUGCUGAGCGGCGGUGGCGAGAAGAAGCCCACUACCAAGGAAGCAUUGCCCGGAGUGGACUUUGACCAGUCAAUGGCAGAUCUGCAUGAGGUGGUGGAAAUGCUGAGCGGUGGUGGCGAGAAGAAGCCCACUACCAAGGACCGCGACGAAAGUUACGAAGACUCGAUCGCCAACCUUCAAGAGGUGGUGGAAAUCCUGAAAAAUGGUCAGGCGGCAGGAACUGCCGUUGAAGCUGCGGGACGGACAGCAGAGUCCGAAAAAAGGCCAGAGGCAACUGUCGAUCGGCCGCACACCCACUCCGGGAUCUCCGAGGGAACAGAAGAAGCUGCUGAGAGGCCGGAAAGAUACAGCUGCAGCUCAUGUUGCAAGUUGCGUUUGAAGUUGGAGCACGCCGAACGCGCCAGGGUCAAGGCCCAAGAGCAGCUGGUGCGGCUUCAACAAGAACAUCUCAGGAUGCGACAAGCGUCCGGUUAUGGAGGAGCCGAUGCACCUGCGGCGCCGGCCCUAUCCGCGCUGGCGGCGGAUGAGGAGGUGGCCAGGACCUUGGAAAGCUAUCGAAGAGAGGUGGCUUUCUUAAAGCAAUCCCUGGCCGAGUCGAAAGAACAAGAGGGUUCGCUACGUGAAGAGCUUCAGACGCUGCGGAAAGAACACGCUGAACGUGUCCAAGCACUGCAAGGACAGAUGGCGACCCUCUUGCUGGACUUGGAGGCCAAAGAUGCUUCCUCGCGGUGA